AUGAUCUCGACCGGAGACCACAAAGCUGCGUUCCCCCGAGGCUGGGACACGCCAAUUUCCUCCAUCGUCCGAGACGACUUCGUCCUGCAGGACGAGUGGGCGAUGGCGCACGUCACGCUCGAAGAUGCGGUCAGCCAUCGCAGCGGCAUGCCACGCCACGCAAUGGCCUGGCUCGGCACCGAGGAGCCCGACGAUAGGAACUGCAGCUCACGCAGCAACAAGACAAACCAGGCCGCCGUGCGAAACCUGCGCAAUCUGCCGCGCACGGUCGAGCCCCGCGUCGUGUUCCAGUACGGCGACCUCAUGUACAUCACGCUGUCGCACGUUGUCGAGACGGUGACCGACGCGUGGCUCGGCGACGUGCUGCGCCGGCGCAUCUGGCAGCCGCUGGGCAUGCGGUCCACGUACCUGUCCUACCGCGACGCCCGGCGCAGCAGCUGCCGGCUCGCCACGGGCUACUUCUGGGACGACGAAGCGGGUGAGUACGUCGCCGUGGACAAGGACCGGGCCCAGUUCUCCAGCGGCGCCGCGGGCGUCAUCAGCAGCGCGGCCGACUACGCCAAGUGGGUGCGGUGCCUGCUGCGCGGGGCGGCGCCGUUCUCGGAGGCUACGCACCGGGACAUCAGGACGCCGCGCAUGCUCCAGCAAGGGCCCGGAGGCGGAAUGCUGCCCGGAGGCUGGGGCGUGGGCGGAAGCUACAGCCUCGGCUGGGAGGUGGCGACGUUCCACGGCCAGGACGUCUACAAGCACGACGGCGGCACGCAAGGCUUCGGCGCCAACGUGCUCUGGAUGCCAGGCGUCCGGUUUGGCGUCGUGACGUUUGCAAACGCCGCCGACACGGGCAACAUCGUGGAGGAGUUGCUCACGCAGAGGCUCAUGGAAGACAGGCUCGGCGUCCCGCCCCAGGACCGACGUGAUGAUGGUCAAGAGGCAAGAGAGGAGCUCAAGCAGAGGAAGCGAGACUUUGAUAAUGCGACUGGUAUAAUCUACGCCAACCGCGGCGCAGAUCCUCCGUCUUUUGCUGUCGACUACAACCUCUUGGCGGGCACAUAUAGCCACCCUGGCUAUGGCGCAUAUACGUUUUCCGUAGAGAAAUCGACCAUCGCCGGGGGUCGGGCCUCGGGCAAGAGCUCGUCGCCGCAGCAGCAGCUCGUCGCGAUUCGGGAGGAUUUGAUAGUCCCCUCGCGAAUGGUUCUGCGCCAUGUCGUCGGUGCCUACUGGGUCGCCUACGUCCUGCCAGUGGUCGGAUCGGACUUGUCACGAAGCUUCUAUGCGGCCAAGUUCGAAAUGGGCGUGGAUGGCAAGCCGAGAGCACUUGAGGUAACCUGGCGGGCGGCGACAGACCGCCUCUCGGGCGUGGCCACCCGUUUCGAGCGGGUGGUGGUUGGUGGUGGUCUCUUCAUGUCGCUGAAGCAGUCUGACAUCACAGGUGGCCGCCACAACUGCGAUCCCGUCCAGCUUAUGCACAUUAUUGCUUCAUCCAUCAUGGGCUUUGAAUCAUUAUGCAUCGGCUCGCCUGCCUGUGCAGCCGUUGCACGAAGACGGCAGGCCACAUACAGAAACUCUCUCAAUGCCCACACGCCGUGCAAGCAAGCAAAUACUGUCAGCGCAGCGCUUGCCCGCCGCCGCCGCCGCCCCCUCCCCGUGAAGAAAGCAAAGCAGCAGCAGCAGCAGCAGCAGCCGGAGGAGCCGCAGCCGCAGCCGCAGCAAGCAGUAUUAGUACCUAGUUACCGGCCGGGUGCAGAGUUCUUCGUCCUGCCGCCGCCGCCGCCGCCGCCGCUGCCGCCACCUUUUGCACCGGAAACCAUGUCCACGGCCGAGGCCGAUGGUCCCAGCACCGGUGCCCAACAAGAGAAGCAGCAGCAGCAGCAGCAGCAACUGCCACCACAGCUCACGCCGACACCGUUCCCUCCCACCGUCGUCUCCCAGGAGCUCAUCCAGCAGCUGCAUCUCGACGCCAACGCGCUCUACGUGAUCCUUAGCAACCAGAGCGCCAAUAACGUCUGCCACUGGGUGCUAUACCUGCACAUCAGCGCGCGCCUCGGCUGGGCCUUCCACAUCAGCAACUUGGGCGUCGUCCCGGGCACCUGGGAGUACCGCUGCGACGAGUCCUGCGACAUGACCUACUCGCCGACAGCCGUCGCCGCCGUCAAGGUCGCCGGUGACAUGGUGCCCGAGAUGCAUGACGCGCUGCGCCGGCGCAUCGGCCUCCACGGCGGCCGUCCGCCCGUUGUCCGGCUCGAGGACACGCCGCGCUUCGGCCAGCUCUCCUGCCGCACCUGGGUCCUCCAGGCCCUCUACGAGCUCGACAACGAAGGGUACAUUAGCGUGCUGCCCGGGUACUUGGUCGAGGACGUCGCCGAGGAGGCCGCCUCCCUGGCCGCAGCCAACAGGGCCCUGCUGCGCAUGAGCAGGGCCCAGGUAUCGGAGCUGCGCAAGGAGAUCAACAGUGCCUGCUGCGCGCUGUGA